AUGGAGGACGUUUUCCAGAGCAGAGUCCUGCUGCUCGCAUCAGACCAGAGUACUGAUAUGGACCAGCAGGAGGCGCUGCGCCUCCAGGUAAAGGAGGAAGAGGAAGAACUCUGUGUGAGUCAGGAAGGAGAGCAGCUCAGAGUGAAGGAGGAGACGGACGACAGGUUUCCAUCGACUGCAGCUCCCAUCAGCAGCUGCAGGCAGGAAGAGGAGCUCUUCAGAGUGAAGGACGAGCCGGAUUAUUCCAGACUCCCAUUAAAUAUUGUUUAUGUAAAUAGUGAGGAUGAUGAAGAGAAACCAGGGCUGUCUCAGCUUCAUCAGCACCAGACAGAAAAUGGAGAUCUUUCAACCAGCAGCUCAGGCGACCAGAUAAAAGCAGAGAUUGAGGUGGAGAUCAGUGAAGCAGCAGAAUCCAGCAGAAACCCAGAUAGAAAUACUGCUGGAGGAACUUUGAGCAAUUCAGAGACGGAAGAGGAGGAUGAGGAUGAAGAGGACAAUGACGAUGAUGAUGAUUGGAACCAUCAUGAAUCUCAGUUUAGACAAUUAUCAGACUCGGAAAAUGAAGGCAUUCAUCAAAAAUCGCAUUUAAGCAAAAGCACAAAAGUUGAUGUUGCUGAAAAACCCUUUGGUUGUGAUUCUUGUGGAAAAAGAUUUUCCUUAAAGUCAUCUUUGUACAAUCACACAAAAAUCCACACAGGAGAGAAAUCAUUAUCAUGUGAUUUCUGUGGGAAAACAUUUAAUUCAAGUUCAGAUUUAAAGAAACACACACGAGUUCACACAGGAGAGAAACCAUUUUGCUGUGAGGAUUGUGGAAAAAGAUUUUCCCUCAGUGCCUCUUUAAACAGACACAUGAGAGGCCACACAGGAGAGAAACCCUUUGGUUGUGAUGUCUGUGGGAAAAGAUUUACCUUAAACUCACAUUUAAAGACACACAUGAGAGUUCACACAGGAGAAAAACCAUUUCAUUGUGAUGAUUGUGAAACAAGAUUUUCCCAAAGGUCAGCUUUAAAAAGACACAUGAGAAUUCACACAGGUGAAAAACCAUUUGGUUGUGAUGUUUGUGGGAAAAGAUUUAGCAUAAAGUCACAUUUGAAAACACAUAUGAGAACCCACACACAAGAAAAACCCUAUAGUUGUGAUGAUUGUGGAAAAAGAUUUUCCUUACAGUUAUGUUUAAAGAGACACAUGAGGAUCCACAGAGGAGAGAAACCGUUUGGUUGUGACGUCUGUGGGAAAAGAUUUAACUUGAAGUCUAAUUUAAAGGUACACAUGAGCGUUCACACAGGACAGAAACCCUUUGGUUGUGAUGAAUGUGGUUUAAAGUUUAGCAUAAAGUCCAAUUUAAAGGCACACAUGAGAAUCCACAAGGAUGAAAAAGCCUUUGCUUGUGAUGAAUGUGGAAAAAGAUUUAAUGUAAAGUCUAGUUUAAAGAGACACAUGAAAAGCCACAAAGGUGAACGACCCUUUAGUUGUGAUAUUUGUGGAAAAAGACUGGCCUUGAAGUCCAGCUUAAAGAGACACAUGAAGAUCCACAUGGAAGACCAACCGUAUCUUUUUGUGGGAAAAGAUCUGCCGUAAAGUCAUCUUUCAACAAACUGCUGAGAAUGAACAAAGAUGGAAACCUUCAGGUUGGGAUGGAUGUGGAAUCUGAAAGACUCUGAAAGACGCUUUGAAGCAGAAAUGCUAAAUAUACUUUUAGUUGUGAUGUUUGUGGAAAAAGGUUUUCCUCAAAGUUAAAGAUAAACACGAGAACAAGGGCUGGAGAUUUAUUGUAUUAUCAUUUAUAGUAAUAAAUCUCUUAGUAUAGGAAUUACACUGAUUUCUUUAAUGAUGUUAAAACUCUGUAUUGUUGGGAUUGUUAGUUUUACGUGUUUCUCCUCUGUUGAAUGAAAACAUCAAUAAAUAUGACUUUGA